GUUCUGUGUUUCUUCCGCUUCAACAACCUGCAGUGACCGGUGACUCGUCCAGUCACAGCCAAAAAUUCCUUCCAACGUAGCCGACACCACAACACCACAACAACGCAAAGACGAACAGAAAUGUCCAAUACCAGACCGUGACUGUAUAGACUAUAUAUAUAUCUUCCUUGUCUCUUGUUGUUAUCUACCUAUCUCUGGAUGCCACCAUCAAAACGGGAAGUGUGAACAUCUACUGGAAGCUCAGCCCGCCCGAGCGAAAGAUAUUCGUCUACCUUCUUCUGCCCUCCCUCCACUUCCCCCCACAGACCCGGCAACAGAGUUUUUUUUAAUUCAUUCAUUUUAUAUCUCCUAGAAUGGCAACAACCGACUUGAAGCGAGGUUAUAUUCUACUGGCGGUAGCACUGGGUUGUGCCUUUCAAUUAUCACAGUUCGUCAGGAGCCAACAAGCAAUACUGGGCAAGCUUGAUCCUUUUGAAGUUGGGGAUCACCCUUCCCAGAAAGAUCCACCACCAGUAGAGGCCGGGGCGCUUGCCAAGGGUCAACAAAUUGCGUUGGGAUCUGUUGCCCACGGUACUUUGCUUACUGACGAAAUCCUGGCCAGAAUCAAAGGCAACGUGGACCAAGAGGUACAAGACGCUUCCACACCAGAGGAAGGACAACGGCCACGGGUGGAUAUCUGGUCGGCACUUGGAGGAAAUCAUAAUAUUCCAUCCAGAGAAGGAGGGUCGCCAGAGGACGUGGGGUCGCCAGAGCAAGACGAUGUCGAUGAGAAUGGCAGUCCUCUUGUCGAUUAUAAUCCCUUCUUUGAAGCCACCAAAUUCAACUAUAGCCAACCAACCAAGCCCACAGAAUAUACCUUGCCAGCUCCAAAUCGAACCAACCAAUCUACAAUCGUCAUAUGUCUCAGUGCUCGCGACAAUUUUGAACGACGAGCUGCCAUCCGGGAAACCUGGUCCAAAGGAAAUGAUAAUGUUUACUUUGUCAUUGGUGGACCAGUUCCAGGAAAUCAUAAAGACAUGAACUUGGAAAAUCCUCUCAGCACUUCCUCCUUGUUGCUUCAGGAACAGGCCAGAUUUGGAGAUAUUAUUGACUGCAUCCAUCCAGACACAUACAAGUCAUUGCCAUUCAAACUGCACUUUGCAACUAGAUGGGUGAUGCGCAAUCUCCCAAAUGUGGAGUGGGUGGUCAAAGUGGAUGAUGACUGUGUUGUCAGAGUAAAAUUAUUGCAAUUCUUUGUCUUGCGGCAAAUGAACCCCAAUCAUCCUCAGGUCAUUGGAACUAUUGCCGUAGGGGCACGGCCACACAGGAGUGGUAAGUGGGCAGAAGACCCAAAGUACACAGCAGAUGAAUAUCCACCUUGGGCAUUUGGAUCUGCUGGGUAUGUGGUGAGUAAACCGGUGGCGCAGUAUGUGGCAGACCAUGAUCAUUACUACUAUCAGGGUGAAGAUGCUGGCUUGGGGAUUUGGCUAGCAGAUAGUGGGAUGCAGGUGACAUGGGUAGACAGUCCCGAAUUACGGAAAGAUGAAGGCUGCCUGGAUCAACUGUAUAUUAUUGGCCAUGACCUAAGUGUUGAAAAAAUCUAUGAAUGUUUUGGCAAACUGGGAGAUGAGGUCCCAGAAAGGAAAUACAUUAUCGCUUUCUCGGCAGGUAGAAAAGACCAAUUUGCAGGUAGAAUAAGAAACCCAAACUAGCAAGCAAGCACAGUUAGUGAC